GGGGUCGCCUUUCCUCCCCAGGUGAAAUAGUGUCAUUAGUACCUGUCUGACCCAGGGUGCAGCUGCUGUGAGGAGCGGGUGGCAGAGGAGCACAGGACGCUACUGGGCUACACCAGGGGCCAGGCUAUUCUCCAGUAUAUGAGCCUGGUGGAGAGACUUCCUACCUACGGUGUCCACUACUACGAGGUGCGAGACAGGUCCAACCUCCCGUGGUACCUUGGCCUCAGUCAUAACGGCAUUGCACAGUACGAUUUCCUUGACAAGAGAAAACCUAGACGUGUCUUCCUCUGGAAACAACUGGAAAACCUGUACUUUCGAGAAAGAAAAUUUUCAAUAGAAGUUCAUGAUCCAAAGAGAGUGGUGCACACCCUGAGUUCGUUUAACCUCUACGAGGAUGCAAUUGAAGACUCGCGUGAUCAUCAUGAUGAUCUACUAGCAGCCAUCACUGAGGCUACCACACAAGUAUCAGUGUCAAGAAGGACAUUUGGACCUGGCAACGUUAGUGUUUACGUUUGGUUUGCAGAGACCCAGGCUCUCUGCAAGGCAAUCUGGUCCAUGGCGAUCGCUCAGCAUCAGUUCUACCUCGACCGUAAAACCUCCAGGAGUGAGGCAAGUGGGGUUCGGGAACUCCCAGAGCUAGCCGUGGAAUUAUCUCGCAGCUGUGUCUCGCUCUCCACUCAUUCCUCAUCAUCAAACCUCUCUAGAUCUGGAUCACACUCAUCCUUGGUCAACAAUUCUCUUGCAGAAGAUAGUGCCAGCACUGAGAGCCUCCACCAAGCCAGGAUGGAGAUGCAGAGUGCUCUUAAGCAGCGUCGAGAUGCACUCCAGGAGAAGAUCAAAGAAAAGGAGGAGGAGCUGAGGUUAUUAUGUCUGCGUGAAGGAGAGUUAACAGGAGAGUUGCCUCCCGAGUACCCUCUAAUGCCAGGGCAGCCUCCGCCUACUGUGCGCAAGAGAGUUGGUACAUCGUUUACGCUUAGUGAAAAUCUUAUUAACAAAAUCAUUAACAAACAGGAGGAAACUGUAGCAGCCUUGGAAUUAGAGUACGAAAUUCAAGGUAAAAUUACGAGUGCCGCUUUAAGAUUAGCAAAUGAAACGUCAGCAAGGAAAGGAGUUAGAAAACAGCGCAAAAUGACAUACCAGCAAUCUGCUCAGCGAUUAAAAGACCUGGAACAUAAACUAAAAGCUGCCAAAUCUAAGCAGGCAGCAACAGCAAGUGGUAUGCCAAAACAGAAGAAAAAACCUCGACCUGUGUCGGACAGCGAGGGUGUGGGCAGUUAUGAUGAGAGCACAAACGUAAACAAUACAACAGUCAGCAGCAGUCAAAACUCUCCUCGGGACAGCUUACGUGACUCUCACCUUGAUGCUUUAAAUGCUGAGGGUGUAAGUCUUUCUCCUGCACCAUCUUCCCAUCCACCUGUGUCACCACGUUCACCUCUGCUUCCAUCAACCCCAGUGAGAGCACGAGCAAGACGGGAUCUGUCACCUGGUGGUCACAGUAUAGCAUCUACUGGAGUUCAUUCGGCACCAACAAGUCCUCAUAAACAGCCAAAUGGAUCUGUUUGCUCAAGAUCGGCCAGUCCCAACAGACCCCACAGUGGCUACAUCCCUAGCUCCGUCUACACCAGGAGUCAGUAUCGAAGCCAGCAGUAUCCGACCCUCUCCACGCGAUCACAGUCAGUCCCGGCGGAUGAGGGUCGGAUCCCACACCCACGAACCACGAGUGGGACAUAUGGGGCACCUGACCCUGGCAUCGUUGAGACUCCUGGCGGUCUCUACAAUAUCCCACAACAACGCACCUCCCUUGCUUGUCAUAGUGUGGAUGACCUCGACACUUCCACCCUUAUCAACAACACUCCCCAACACCAUAACCAUCACCAACCUUACAGACAGAGAAAUGAUUCCCAGGAUAGGUACGGCAGUUUGGACCGUCGGCGCGCCAACAGUGGGAGGCUGGAGUCACGCAGCAUGGAACACCUUGAUUCUCUACCCUCCCCAAGCAUUACCCAACAGUCUCCCCACUAUAAUGUACACCACAAUCACCACCACCCAGUCUCAUCUCACCACUUACACCCAAGCCAUACAGGAACUUACCCUCACCACCCACAUUACCACAAUCACUACUUCCACACUCCAGAGCUUCACCAGGAAGCUAUGGAUACCACUAGUGACUCCCAUCCCACCACAGCCAACUGUAGUUUUGAGACAGCAUCCAGUGAAAGGUCAGGAGGAGGAGGAGGAGGAGGAGAUACUGUGGAUGGACCAGUACAGUACAGACACCAAGGAGGGUCCCAUGGAAACUUGCAAAGUUAUCGACAUCGUAGCAAGAGUGGCCCUGGCCUCCCUGCACCACCUGUUCAUCAUCGUGGGUCAAAUCAUGGUGCCGUUCAGAGAUCUCAGAGUAGCACAGUACAUAGACUGGUGAGAACAUCCAGUGGAAGGAGUUAUAUGGAAACUACCUUUGUGUCAGAGCCUAAUCACGACCAAGAAAAUAUACCUCCCCUUCGUUCUUCCACUGAGUUACCUUUACGUCCUACCAAUGGUAUGCACCACGAAACUCCUCCAUCUCUUCGUUCUGCAGUGAAUUGUAAUGCAGUGGAUCAUCAUAUCCUAAGACCAGGUAUUUCUGAUUUACCAUCUCAUAGGGUCAGCAGAUCUAGUAGUGAAAUACCUCCACUCAAAGUUACUAGUACAAAGACAGAGCCACACAGUAGUCACAGUUCUUCUGUAAAUACCUCUCUAAGUUCUAUGGUUGAAGAACCAUUAAUAUCUCUAGCAGAGGCAGCAAGAAUGAAAAAGGAGAGAGGAAAAGAAUGGUAUGAGACUUCAUUAGAUUCGCCAGCUUCAGGACGCAGAACCAAAAACAGUACAAGUAUGAUUGAUAUGAAUGAUUCCUGUCAGAGUAAUGGUAAUAUAUCUGCUAGCCAGUGUAACUUAAACUUAAGUGGUAGUAGUAUAAGUAGCACUAGCAGUAGCACAGGCAGUGUCUUCCAAUCUCGCUCUGAUUCAGCUGAUACCUCUCAGGCCUCUGUUCCCUAUGAAUCACCUCGUAAUCAUAUGAUUAUCUCUGCAGGAACUUAUCAGCCCUCGAGAGAAGUUACAAAGCCUUUUGAAAUGUCCGACUUCUACAAAUACAGUACAAAGUACAGACGUCAGAGCUCCAGUAAUUUGGGAGGCAUAAAUGGAAGCAGCACAGGCACUACCAGUGGAUCAGUAAGCAGUGUAAGUAGUGGUGGUGAUACACCACUCUCUCCCGUGCUACCUCCUAGAGCACAGGUGUUAGUCAGUAACAGCAAACUGCUCCCUCCAUCACCCAACAUGGUAGCUCAUCACUCUGCUCCUGCCCCUCAACAGAAGGGAGUUUAUCAGCCCCUCACUCCUCUUACUUGCCAGCCCUUGGAAGUCAUGAAGGGAUCACCUGCUCCAGGAGAAGCUGAUGAUCCUGUGGGAGGAUCUUGGGAUGCUGCUCCUCUGCACCAGGCAGUUCCUGCUACAGUCACUCAUAAGCGCUCUGCUACAUUGGUGUGAGGUAGCAUGUUGUUGUACUACCAUUUGGAUUUCUCAGUUUCAAGUAUGUAAAUUUUAUACACUAGAAAGAGGCUCAUUGAUUACUGUAUUUCCAUAAUGGUGCUUCAGUCAUAAAGUAUAAAUAAACAUUUAUAUAUUGUGAGUAUUGAACAAUCAAAGAUCAUGAUUUUGAAUAUUGGUUACAAGAUAGUGAUUUUCUAUAUUUGAUUUUGAUCUCAUGAUACACUACUUGUGUUCCUACAUAGUAACUAAUGUUUAGUCUUGCUAAUAUUAGACAGUGUACAGAAGUCCUGUUUAAACACACUAUUACAAGCUAUGAGAGUUGUUUAAAAUUAUUUGUCAGUUUAUCUCAGCAGUAGUGGUAUAUUAAAAUAAGAUGGUAUAUUACCCACAUGUGUGCAUGCACACCCACACACACACACACACGUGCACAUGCACCCACACAGAUAUACACACGCACACAGAUAUACACACGCACACAGAUAUACACACUCACACAUAUACAUGUGCACACACCCACAGAUAUACACAGGCACACCCACAGAUAUACACACGCACACCCACAGAUAUACACAUGCACACAGAUAUACACAUGCACAUAGAGAUAUACACACACACACAGAUAUGCACACACACAUACACAACAGGCCUAGUGUCUAAUCGACAUGUGCCUAGGACAAAAUGGUAACUAACUAACACACAGAUAUGCGCACACACACACACACAGAUAUGCACAUGCACACACAGAUAUGCACACGCACACACAGGUGCGCACACACACACACACAGAUAUGCACAUACACACACAGAUAUGCACAUGCACACACACACACACAUUGGCUCCUGGAGUUCAAUCCCACCAAGUGCAGUCAUGAAGAUUGGGGAAGGGCAAAGAAGACCGCAGACGGAGUACAGUCUAGGGGGCCAGAGACUACAAACCUCACUCAAGGAAAAAGAUCUUGGGGUGAGUAUAACACCAGGCACAUCUCCUGAAGCACACAUCAAUCAAAUAACUGCUGCAGCAUAUGGGCGCCUGGCAAACCUCAGAACAGCAUUCCGACAUCUUAAUAAGGAGUCGUUCAGGACUCUGUACACCGUGUACGUUAGGCCCAUAUUGGAGUAUGCGGCACCAGUUUGGAACCCACACCUAGCCAACCAUGUAAAGAAACUAGAGAAAGUGCAAAGGUUUGCCACAAGACUAAUCCCAGAGCUAAGAGGUAUGUCCUACGAGGAAAAGUUAAGGGAAAUCAACCUGACGACACUGGAGGACAGGAGAGAUGGGGGGACAUGAUAACGACUUACAAAAUACUGAGAGGAAUUGACAAGAUGGACAAAGACAGGAUGUUCCAGAGACUGGACACAGCAACAAGGGGACACAGUUGGAAGCUGAAGACACAGAUGAAUCACAGGGAUGUUAGGAAGUAUUUCUUCAGCCACAGAGUAGUCAGGAAGUGGAAUAGUUUGAGAAGAGAUGUAGUGGAGGCAGGAUCCAUACAUAGCUUUAAGCAGAGGUACGAUAAAGCUCAUGGUUCGCGGAGAGUGACCUAGUGGCGACCAGUGAAGAGGCGGGGGCCAGGAGCUUGGACUCGACCCCUGCAACCUCAGCUAGGUGAGUACACACACACACACACACACACACACACACACACACACACACACACACACACACACAC